GCUGGGGAGGAUCGACAGUCUCAUAUUUUAUAUGCCUUUUACGUGAAACCGCUUGGUUUAUUCUGGUUCUGUUCUCAAUUAUGCCGAGCAGGUUCCUGGGUAGAGCUCCACUUCAGCAGUAAUGGAAAUGGCGGUGGAAGCGCUGUCACUCCGACGAGCCAAGAGCAGGUACCUGCCUCUAUUUCCAUUCACAAUGGUGACAUGGAAAAAAUACUUCUCGAUGCUCAACACGAAUCUGGAAGAAGCAGUUCAAGAGAAAGUUCGCAUUGCGACAGCCCUCCUCGUUCCCAGACGCCUCAGGACAGCCACAGAGCUUUGGAAAUAGAGAGUCACAGCAGUGGAGAAAAGAACAGCUUUCAGUCUGAAGAAGAUUUUCUUGAAAGGAGGAAAGAAGUAGAAAGGCUCCUGAAGAAGAAUGCAGACUGGAUAUGGGAUUGGUCCAGCAGGCCCGAGAACAUCCCACCAAAGGAGUUCCUGUUCAAACAUCCCAGGCGCACAGCUACUCUCAGCAUGAGAAAUACCAGUGUAAUGAAGAAAGGGGGGAUAUUCUCAGCCGAGUUUUUGAAGGUUUUUCUUCCGUCUCUGCUGCUUUCUCAUUUGCUGGCCAUUGGACUUGGGAUCUACAUCGGGAGGCGCCUCACGACCACGGCUUCGAGCAGCACGUUUUAAAGGCACCGGCGACCUCCCGGCAAAGCAAAGCAAAUGAGCACUCGCCUGGGGCCGGAGGAGGUGACGAGCAGGAACGCCGGAGCUCGCGAUGGCUGCCUGAUGGGUGUGUGCUUGUUCUGCCCGUGUUGUGCUCCUAGUUUAGUAAGAAUGGGCAGAGAGACGCUCGAGCUGAUACAUCAUACGCAGCCUGCCGGAUCAAUUCGUUGCGCUUGUUCCAGCUGCGUUAACACCCGCUAUACUGCUUUGUAGUGAAGUACCUUUGACAAAUUAAAAGAACUCGAUGUUUAAAAGCAAUCCUGGCUUUAAUGCAGCAAUGGUGAUUGAGCUGGGUAUUCAUCUAAACUGCCCUGUCUUUGUGCUUCGUCCCCGUGAACGUCCGUCACCGCUGCUGUAGCCCAGAAGAACGCGUGGCCUUACGUAUCGUACACACGGGGAUUCAGAGCGGCGGUUACCUCCCUCGAGGAGGUUUCUUCCUUAGGCAGAUUUUGCUUGGCGCGCUCUCGCCUCCGUGCGAGCUGUGAAAUGCUGAGAUGCUGGAGGUCAGCCGCGGGAAAUCAGCACCAGUGGAACCUCAUCAGUUUUUACUGGUUCAGAGUGUGAUGCACAACGGCCUGAAUUAAAAUUCGGACUUCAGUGCCUAAUAAACAGCUGCUGCUGCAAAGACGCUUCUCUGAGUCCCCAAUUAACAGAAGUUCCUUCUGCUGUACCUACUUGCAGACUGUUGCUUCUCCGUCUUUUUAUCUGUAAAAUAAUAAAUCCGCAUCUUCUGUUUGCCUCAUCCUUGCGUAGAUUUAAAAGCGGGCUGCUUGCGCAUUUGUUUUUACUAAUGGAAUGCUCUUUCAUUCAGUGAUUUUACCUUAUUUAAUGAGAAGACAAUGAAUGUUUGCUGAAAUACCAUGUUUUAUAUAUUUAAAUAAAAAGGUUCCUCGGGGCUUCGGAGUUUUCUCCUUCCUUUUUCUCGGAUGAUUGUUGAAAGCGGCUGACGAGGCCCUUUGCUUUGCACAACAGUUUCACUCUGUUUACUCGCACAGCUGGCGAGCAAGGGAGAAGUUUCCAUAGGAAACAACUUCCUUGCUUAUUCUUAAGCCCAAACGGGGCUGAGCUGGCGGGAGAAGUCACUCGGUAACCAGAAACUUGCAAAGGCGUCUUCUACUUGGUACUGGCCUCAACGUUUAAGAAUAAAUUUGCUUUCUGCUUCCUUUCUGUCCUUACUUGCCAGCGCUGACUUUUUCCUCCGUGCCUGAAGCGGAGCCUGUAAAGCGUGGGCGCCGGGCGGGAGGGGGCAGUCGGUGUCCGCUCAAACGCCCCCGCGCCCCGGGUUCAUUUGCCGUGGGAGUAAAUCCCUUGUUCUCCCUCGCAUGGAUGUCAUCACACACCUUUUACAGGAGGACGAGGCUCUGGGUGGGGCUUUUA